UCGGAAACGGUUCAGCCCACCAGACUAUAUACAUAGAUGGCUCGGAUUCAGAAAAUCGGCUACAAAUAUAAUUUAGCUGUUACUAGGGAGCAGCGCGCAGCUUGAAUCGGGAUGGCCUUGGAUGGACGAAGGUAUCCUUUGAUAGAUACUGCCUUGAGGGUACUCCUCUCGGGAGCAGCUUACCAGACUCUAGAGCAACUUGAACUUGAAGAGCCCAGCAGUCUACGAUUAGAACCGUGACUUGUUCUUAUAAAAAGCUGAUCAUCAUUAUGUACAUUUACUAAUUUCCACCAUGACAACACUAUCAGAAACCCUCCCAGUCAUUGACCUUGAUGUCUUCCUAUCUCAGCCUACACAAUCAAUCAGAGUGCAAGAGGAGUGCAACAAGGCUGCUGACGCAUUGAUCACAUACGGGGCACUCCUUGUACAUGAUUCUCGCGUAUCAGAGGAAGACAAUGACACUUUCCUGGAUCUCAUCGAGGACUAUUUCGCGCAGCCUAUCGAGGACUUAAAGAAGGAUGAGCGGCCAGAGAUUCAUUACCAGGUUGGCGUGACCCUUGAGAAUACAGAGAAGCCCAAAUGUGCCGUGGAUGAGCCGUGCUUGGAUAUCAUCGCCAACCUGGACCCAGCUGAAAGGCCAUUGGAUAUCUCCGGGCAUCAUCCUGACCCCAAGUGCAGGUUCUUCUGGAAAAUGGGAACUCCCCCUCCAUAUGAGACCGAGUAUCCGGCACUUAAUGCUCCAAAUGUCGUACCGCAGGCACCUAGAAUCAGUGAGAAGUGGGAAUCUACCAUGGAGAAAUGGGGAUAUUCCAUGAAGAAUGCUGUUGAGAAUAUUGCUGAAAUGACAGCGAUCGGUCUCGGACUUCCUCGAGAAUUUAUCAAGGACGCAGGGAAAUAUGGCCCUCAUCUACUUGGCCCAACGGCAUCUGAUUUGGUGAAGUAUGGGCAAAAGGAUACCAUCCUUGCCGGCUUUCAUACAGACCUCAACUGCUUAACGAUCCACGGUCGUUCACGAUAUCCAGGACUCAACAUCUGGGCACGUAAUACUGGGAAGCGCAUCCCCGUUAGAUUCCCAUCCACUGGCCGUUACCUACUCGUGCAAGCAGGAAAACAGAUUGAACAUCUGACCGGAGGCCUUAUCAAAGCUGGGUUCCAUGAGGUAGUCGUGAACGAGGCUACGCUGCAGACUGUCGAGCGGCGUAAAGAGACUCACCCUGACCGGCCAAAUAUUCGCAUAUCAUCCACAUUUUUCUGGCACCUUUCGUCCGAUUAUGAGCUCGUUCCGCUUCCUAACCUAUCUGAGCGUGCAAAUGCGUUCAAUUCGAGUCAAGCAGCGAAUCAACGUACGGUUUAUGAACGAAUGAAAGUUGGACAGCAGGUUCAGAAGUGAGUACCUAGGGUUACCACCCCCAAAGCUAGAUCUUAAUAAUAUCUGACAGUGAACUCAAACAUAUCGCUCUCAUGGCCUAAACGCUUGAUUAUUAGAUGUUUGUAGGGUAUAACCGGUAGUGUACGCACAGCAAAAUAUCCGCGGACGCAGCACAGCUAUGUCGGCGGACACG